AGACCUCCUUGUUUUGUCUCUUCUUGCUUCGCUCGCUUUCUUUUCGUUUUUACUUCUUCUCCUUGUUGGCUGGGAAAACUGAUGAAGUAGCCUUCUACUCGUUAGUGCCCUCGUACUUCGUUUUUCUUUCUUUCGCUGUUCUGUGUUUUUUUCCGUGGACCUCCGUGCGCAUCCUCCACACAUUCCUUUAGGUGCAAAUCCCUACAUAUCCGUGUCUUUUCUCUCUCUCUCUUGUUUGUCAUUUCCCAAGUCCUCUUCUACCGAGUGUCGCGCUCCCCCUCUCUCCCUUGCGACUCUUUGCUGGUGAGUUCGUGUAAGAGGCAGCUAGACACACUGAGUCACACAGAUCGAACACGGACACGGAAGACAAAGGAAAGAAAGAAAGAAAAGAAAACUCGGUGAUUUCUAAGGCUGUGAUUUCUUCGUGUGGUUCGCGCGCUGCUCCUCGACUUCGAUUGGAGUCGUAACAGCGAGACGCGAAGGAAGUGAAGAGUGGGAAUUCGACGGAGCACGCAAACUUCCUCGUCGUUUUUUGCAGAAGUCGUUUUCUCGUCUUUUCGAAAUCAGCCUUUUUAGGAAGAACACCGUUUGCGUGUGUGCGCGUGUGUGUGUGUGAAGUCCCGCCACCGGUUUUCAGUGGUCGUCUUUUGCAACGAAGAAAAGAAAAGCCUUCAACGUGUCCCCCGCAGAAGAGGGAAACGUCACCGAGGUCAUUACCACUGCGCAGCGUCAGACCACAUCCGUGCUGGGUAGCCCGUCUCGGCUCUUCUCUGAAUUCAGAAAGAAAGAACGGUACGGAGCAGAUUUAAAAAUAAGAAAAAGGUCUCAAGAUGCCGAUCAACCCCGAAUACAUCGCUCUGCCGAAGAGCAAGGAGAUGUUCGCGAUUGCGUCGUGGCGCGACUCACCAGCCCCGAGUGCCGCCACACACCUCGUCAUCUCUCCCAGUCCUCACCUCAACUCCCUCGAUGCGCUGCGGGGCAGCAAAAACGGUACCUCCACCAUGCCAGGCGUCUUCACGACGACGAACACGGCGGCGGGGGCCCUGUCGCCCGCACCGGUGCUGCCCGCCGCCGAGGACGCGGCGAAGGCGAAGGCAGACGUCCCGUCUCCCUUUCCCUCCCCGGCCACGGGGGGUAAGAAGAAGAAGCGGAAGUCCGCGGCGGUGGCGGGGGGUGCGACCGGGACACACCCCGACGACGUUGAUGACUUCUUUGUGCACAUCCUCCUCCCCGCGGGGGUGGCGGUGCAGACGUUGGAGUUUGAGCUGCAGGCCCAGGCGACGCCCCUCAAGAUGAUUGAGGUGGGGCUGCCCAAGGUGGUCUUUCCUCGCAAAGCAGGUGCCAACGCCUCCUCGGGGGCGGAGGGCAGCGCGUCGAACGUCAGCGCAGGUGCUCCUCCGCCAUCGGGUGCAGCGACAGCGAAGCCAGGGAUGGUGCUUUCUCCGUUCUGCACCCCGGCCGUGGUCCCGAUAGGCAGCGAGAACGGACUACCGCCCAUGAGUCUCCCGCCGGCCGAUCUCCUUCCUGAGCCGGCGCUGGCGCGCAUCAGCAGUGGGGCCGCGCACGGGGCUGCCGGUGCGACGACGGACCGGGCGCCGUCUCCCACCUCCCCACCCCCCGCCGUAACGUCAGCUGGAGGGACCCACCACGGUGGCGACUUCCAGGUCUCGUUGCUCUUCGCGGAGAAGGCGGAGGCGGAGAAGACGAUGGCCUUCGUGCAGCGCCGCUGGCCGACGGCGGCCGUCUCGACCGCUUCGCGCAGCCGCAGUGUGCUGAACGCGACGUUGGUGCUGAAGGGGCUGCCCAACCAGGCGAAGACGGAGACUGUCCUGGCGGAGAUACAGAAGUUGCCGCACCCCCCGUCCUACGUGCGCCUGCUGCGCAGCGAGCGUGGGGUCUUCAAAGGGGUCGUCUUUGUCAAGUACGCGAACUGUGAGGUGUCGGAGGAAUGCAAAUUGCGGCUGGAGCAGUUCGUGCUCGGCUCCCGCCCCCUCAAGGUGGAGUUUAAGAAGAAGAGCAGCGCCGCGUCAGCCGCCAGCGAGGCGGCGAGUGAGAACAAGCGGUCACUGCAGGAGCUGGUGCGCGACCUGCGGGUGAGCACUGAGUACGAAGGCUUUCACCUCGACCGCACCGAGGUGUCGAAGGAGGAGUUGAAGGUGCUGAAGCAGUUGUGUCAGUCGUACGGGCUGCACUUCGACAUCAACGAUCAGCGCGCUACCGUGCGGCGUGUGCUGGGCGCCAACGGCACGCUGAGCGAGAAGCCGUCACCGGCGCUACGGCCUCAGUCGGCGACACCCGUGUGGGUCCCCGCCACCCCGGCCCCUCUGCGACCAAUGGACUUCAAGGGGAUCAGUCAUUGGAAGGACAUUCGCAAUCAGGCGAACACGCUCGGCAUUGUCCGCCCCCUGGGUCCGGAGGACGGCAAGCCCGCCUUUUCGGCCGGGCGGGGACGUCCGCUGUAG